ACUUUAAAACAAGGUAGCGCGCCGCCGAGUGCGAGUGCGGAGCGACGUCCGGAGGAGAGGGACCGGUUACGGCUGGGUACGGCGGGAUUCUGUUGGGUUCGGGCAGCCGGUCGGACGCGCUCGGGUCUUACAGGCUUUUUCUUCUUCAUAUUUUUUUCCUCUUCUUCUUUUUUUCGGGCUUAACAGGAAAGAAAACCCAGCAACACAUAUGCGCCUUCGGUCUCCGUGCCAGUCGCGGGUCGGUGCUGGGGCCGGCGCGCCGCGCGUAGUGCCGCACCGCGGGUUACCGACGUCUCGCCAGCCGCUCCAGUCCGAGUGAACUGAGAAAUGGUCACGUAUGAAGCCCGCUGGAAGGAACAUGGUUGAGAGAACCAGCAAAUUCUGGUUCGUCGUGGUCGGGUCGGUCCUCUUCAUGUUGAUUCUGUACCAGUACGUGGCGCCGGGGAUGAUGAACUUGGGUUCCCCGCACGGCUACGCGCUGGAGGACGAGAUGGAUAUCUACCCGACCCCGGACCCGCACUACGUCAAGAAGUACUACUUCCCCGUGCGGGACCUGGAGCGCACGCUGGACUUCCAGAUCAAGGGCGACGACGUGAUCGUCUUCCUGCACAUCCAGAAGACCGGCGGCACCACCUUCGGCCGCCACCUGGUGCAGAACGUCCGGCUGGAGGUUCCCUGCGACUGCAGACCUGGUCAGAAGAAGUGCACGUGUUACCGGCCGAACCGCAAGGAGACUUGGCUCUUCUCGCGCUUCUCCACCGGCUGGAGCUGCGGGCUGCACGCCGACUGGACCGAGCUCACCAACUGCGUGCCGGGGGUUCUCAAUAAGAAGGAGAGUAAAAUGAAAAACCAAAGGAAGUUCUACUACAUCACCCUCCUGAGGGAUCCGGUGUCGCGCUACCUCAGCGAGUGGCGGCACGUCCAGCGUGGCGCCACGUGGAAGACCUCUCUGCACAUGUGCGAUGGCCGCACGCCAUCCCUCGAGGAGCUCCCGGCAUGCUACGAGGGUGCAGACUGGUCGGGCUGCACGCUGCAGCAAUUCAUGGACUGCCCGUACAACCUGGCCAACAACCGGCAGGUGCGCAUGCUGGCCGACCUCAGCCUGGUGGGCUGCUAUAAUGUGUCCACGCUGCCCGAGAAAAAGCGCGCCCAAAUCCUGCUGGAGUCGGCCAAGAAGAACCUGCGCGACAUGGCCUUCUUCGGGCUGACCGAGUUCCAGCGCAAGACGCAGUACCUGUUCGAGCGCACCUUCCGCCUCCGCUUCAUCCGACCCUUCGUGCAGUACAACAGCACCAGGGCAGCCGGCGUGGACCUGGACAACGACACGGUGCAGCGCAUCGAAGAACUGAACGACCUGGACAUGCAGCUCUACGACUACGCCUGGGACCUCUUCCAGCAGAGGUACAUGUACAAGAGGCAGCUGGAGAGGCGCGAACAGAGGCUGAAAGAGCGCGCAGCCUUGUUGCCCUUUCGGCGCUCAUCCAACUAUGCUGUAAACGAGCCUCCCUUGUCGCGAGACGAGGGCACGGCCGAGUCGGAAGCUGCCUCCCGCUUGCCCACAGAGGACUACAUGAACCACAUCAUAAACCGCUGGUAGCAGGGGGAGGAGCGGGGACUGCAGAUCACUGGAUAGGGCUGCGUAGAUCUGACAAUGAACGUCAAAAAAAAAAACAGAAACAGAAACAAAGGCGUUUUCUAAAAUGCUUAUGUAACGUUCGUACGAUACAUGCGGCUAUUCCGACAGAUUGUAACACCCUACCAGAAGCAUGGGAGGGAGUCUCUAUGGCUUCUGUUUCGUUGCAACAUCAAGACAGAGAGAGAGAGAAAGCUUGACAGGACUUUCACACAAGACAGAAUGAAGGCAGCAAAAAGUAGUCGAUAGAUUGUAAUAAUUGAUAGGUUGAUCGAAUCGUCAGUUGUAGCCCUAACACUGGAGGAUGAGUGCUGGACAAGGCCAGGAAAGAUGGACGCUGCUGCAUCACUCAAAAAAAAGUAUCCCGUCGAUUUACGUCUCGAUGACCAUCAUUCCUUCCCUUUUUGUGUCUCUUGAGCUGCCAGACUUGAAACGUAUGUGCUUAUAUACAGUAUGAUUGGGAUGCAGCCAAGAGACACAGAGGUCACGUGACUCUGAAGGAAUGAUUGAACGCUCAGAUCAAGCCCUCUUCUGAAAAGAGACUAAAGGGAGAAGACUUCUUUUCCUUUUUUUUGUUGGUGGGUUUAGACGACUUAUAUGAUAUUCAUCCACUCACGCAGAUCUUAAAGGAACGAUCAAAGUGAAAUUGUAUAAAGGCAAAGGCUAAACGUUUGCCUAAACGUCUGCUGCCAUUUCAGCCAUGAGAACGUACAUGAGGGACGACAAUGCUCCACGUCUUUGUUGGGAUUUCGUUUUUGUUGUUUUUUUUGUUCCGAUUUCUUUUCAGGGUUUUCAUUUUAAGGUUUUUUGUUGUUUUUUUUGUUCUUUCUCCCUCUUCCUCAAAUAGGUUGUUUUUAUAGCACUGAGACCAACGAUGCUGCCUAAGGUUUAUUGGAUGCAAUUUUAUCAGCUUCUGUUCGUCAUUGUUAAGGUUUAAACAAAAAAAAAAGAAGAGGAAAAUAUGAAUUAGACUUGACGAGAUAAGACAUGUCGCGCUUUUAUUUUCUUAUUGUGUCGGAUGACCUGAUAUGAGUGUGUUUGUGUGUGUGUGUGUGGACCAUAGCCAUUAUUUAAGCCUUCAGCAUACUGUACUGUCUGACUGAGUCGAGGAGUCAAGUCGGGCAUACUGAUAUAUUCUCGCUGAAUGUUAGAGAUGAGUUUUGUUCGGCCUGGGAACGAUUUGGCCUGGUGUCACAGGCUUUGGAUUGGAUUCACAGGGAAAACUACAUCGAUGACAUUGUUAUAUAUGCUUGAAGGGGGGAUGGAAAGGGGUGAUCCAAAGAGGAAUCUAUGUCUUAUAUUUCACUUCUGUGUGUGUUCCUGGGCUGGUUCUGCAAGGUAGUGGGAACAGUAUUGCUUCUGUGACAGCUCCUUUGUAUUAGGUCAUUAAGGGAGAGUUACAAAUGGUGUGGAUGUAUGUAUGCGUAUGUAUGUGGUGUGUAUAUGAUGCGUGAGACCUCUUAAAAAAUACCUUAAGCAGAGGCCAGAAGCAGACACUUUCUAACGAAAGGCACCACCAUUCCCAUUUCCCCUUGACUACUCAGCUGUGUGUUUGUGUGCUGAGAGCACAAAUUAAGAGCGAAAGAGGCGAAAGAGGCGAGAGAGAGAGAGAGAGAGAGAGAGAGAGAGAGAGAGAGAGAGAGAGAGGGAUGAAUGUGUGUAUAUAGUUUAUACAUUCUAUUGAGUGUGAAUGUAAAUAGUAUGUAUGGGAUUUCUGUUCAUGUGUGCUUGUAUUGUAUGAUUGAUCUCUUGCUGUGGUCUUCAGGGACUGAAGCUAAAGCCAGUAAAGAGAAAAGAGCGAUACUGAGGGUGCUUGGUAUUAUUAUAUAUUGAAAUAUUGAUAUAUUGAUGGCUGAUAAGUGGUUCAGCAAUAAAUGGGAGAAAUGUAUUAUCACUGUAGGUCAUAUAUUGGAAUUGUUGGAAUUACGAUAAUUACAACCAAUACUUUGACGCACUCUUUGGUGCUGACACCUUGUCUUGACAGCAAAACUAAGGCCCAAUCCCAUUUCACCCCUUGACCCUACCACUUACCCCUACCAUUUACUACUUGUCCCCAUUCUUGUUAGGCUGGAGGGGUAGGUAAGGGGAACAGAUAGGGCUUUUUAGUCCUUCAAAGGCACACUUCAAACUGAGGGCUAUGAGAAUCAUUGGUAAGAUGGCGCAACAUGUGACCAAAUAAGUAUUUUCCUUGUUAAAAGUGACGAUUAGCACUUUAUAACCAUAGUUUAAUAAAAGUAGUAUCAAUGUUGUAUGGCCGAAUUCUUCAUAACAAGCAUAAAAAGAUUGCUAAUAGUUUGUCUCAGUAGCGAGCUAACUAGCUAGCUAACUCUCCUGUUCCACCUUAAAUGGUGCAACAGACAGCAGGGGCUGCUGCAUUUAAGGCAGAACUAAAAAAAAAUAAAAUUAAAUAAAAGACAUACAAUAAAGCCCUAAAGUUAACUAGUUAUCCAACAGUUAACUAGGUUACAGAACUUUUGCUUGAAGGGUCAUACCAAUUCUUAGGGGAGGAUUUAUACUCAAAAAAAGGGGUAGGGCUAAGUUGUAGGACCAAAGGGUAAAAUGGGAUUGGGCCUAAAAGCUCCAAUUCAGAGACAGCACUUCCUUUUUCCUUUUUUAAUGGUUUUCCAAUAAAGAAUAUUCUAUAAAAUAUAAAAGUAUUCAGCAUACACUGACAUUGCGGUAUAGCAGUAUUAUGAAAACUGAUCAUGAAAGGUUACCUCAGGGGACAGCUUGGGAAUGUCCACACCUGUAUAAGCGGUGAGGUGUUAUCUUGUUAGCAAACCUGCUCAAGGUAAGGCGAAGUGAACGAUCAAAGUUUGAGCAAGACCUCAGAGAUGAAGGGACUACCAGUCCUAGUGUAAGAUGCCGAUAUCUUAUUAUCUAAUCUAAACUACCAAUAUAGAGAUUUUCAUAUGUUCCUACCUAACGGUUUCAAUAGUGACAUUGGCUCAAUCUCAAAUCCACACAGUAGGGGCUUAUAUUGAAGGCUUUGAGACAUUAAGCAAUUAUUAUUGUUAUUAAGACACAGUGGAACUUAAUAUUCAACUACUGGUGGAAAGAGCAUGUGCAAACUAUCUAACCUUGGAUUAAACAAACUUUUAGUGGUUGGCCAGAAGCCAGAUUAGAGAUUUAUUCUCCUACCAACAAGGGUCCUUGGGCUCUCUCUUAACAGUGUGUUAUUAUUGUUGACCCAAAAAUACUUUUUUGAAGAAAAUUCUGAAGUUUAAUUACACACUGACUGGCAAAUGAGCUGUUAUUCAUUUGCCAGUCAGCCACAAGGGGGCGCUAAGUAUCGGUUGGUAUAUUUACUGGCCCAGAAAAUCUGUAUCGGUGCAUCCAUCCAUUACUAGUGCUGCACCUCAACCCUUUGAACAUAAGUCUUGACUUAACCGCAGAAAAUUCUGAAGUUAAAUCAUACAAUUAUCAGUCAUUGUCAUUUUCCUGUUAACCACAAGGGGGCGCUAAGUAUUGGUUAUAAUUAUCAGCCCAGGAAAUCUCUGUAUAAGUGCACCCAUUACUACUUAUACUGCACCUCAAUCCCUAACAACACAAACAAGCCUUCGCUUAACUGCAGUGUAUCGUUGUCACUCAGCGAUUGGCUAAGCAACUCCAGACCAGUAAAACGAAAGUUGUGUGAAGAAUGUGACGAUUGUAGACGCGAGUGUACCCACUGGAAAUGUACCUUCCUCUUCUCUGCCUGUCCUCAAGCUGCUGGAAGAAACGGUCCCGCUUCUCUUCAUUCCACGCUGGGCUCUGGGAACAGCGACUUCUGAAACCAAGGACAACACUCUGAACUACUGUUACAGUGACUGCGUAUUUAACCAAGCCUGAAAUACUUUACUCGUGAAAGGAAGCUUGUCAUGAAGUGUCACUCUAUCAAGGUCGACCUUAUUUCGUAAGUCGCUCUGUUCAUGUAAUGCUGUAAUUCUUUUUUGCAAACAACACAGAAAUGUUCGGUGUCCGGCAAGCCAUUGUGGACCAUGCUUGGUGUGAUGUUCACAGUAUAGUACUAUAGGUCUGUUUACUAUACUGGUAUAUCCUCUGCCUUAUGAUGAACUGACACAAGUGACAGUUUGGUAAAAUGAUGCAUAUACUAUUUACCCUUAAAUUCAAAAAUAUAGUUCAUCAGCAAAAGCAUGUGUGGUGUUUAAAGUUAUGUAGGGUUGCUACAAAGUUAAGGUUUAAGAUCAGGUGGGUCACGCGGCAAGACAAUGACCCUAAGCACACAAGCACACAAAGAAAAAUGUAGUCCAAGUCCACAAGGCUUGGUCCUUGUCUGGAAAACUGUACAAUCCUUAAUUGGGCAGAGUACAAAACAGCCAAUCAGAAGAGAACCCGUUUACAUGAGUCUAUAGACUUAUUUAUAAGUUAUAUUGGAAUAUUAUGACCACCGACCCAACAGUGGGAAUGCAAUCCUUGGUAGCAUACUCUAUUAGGUAAUCUGGACAAUAGUAGAGCACUGAAAUUCCUCUGGCUUCAGCAUCCCAUGGGUCACCAUUAAUAUGCGAUUGGGCGGCACCUUGUCAUUACUAGCUUUAAUUAGUUUUGUAGCUUCAGUGCUAAAAACUAGACAAGCUAACCCAAAACACCAAACCUUUUUUGGAAUAAAUCAUCAAACACCAACAUUUAAGAAAGAAUUGCUGUGCCGGACAGUCCCUGAGCUUUCUAUUCCCAGGUUGUGAGUCCUUCACAUUCCAGCUCCUCCUCCACUCUGCCUGUUUGUUUGUUUUUGUUUGUUUGUUUUGUUUUUGUUUAUUGUUGUUUUAUUUUAGCAUUGCAAAAAUGGAUCAUCAAAGCCACCAAUAAAAGAUUUCAUUUUUAUAUAUAAA